AUGUCUUAAGUAGAUAACUCCAAUUCUAAUUACAUCAACUUAGAUUAGAAUCAAAUAACGAAAAUCAAUUAUCCUGAUUUAAGCAACUAUGUUCCACCUCAAUCAUAUAAUACUACAAUACAAGUGAGUUAAAAUUCAUUAGAUGAAUUAAAAAUGAAGAGAAUGAAACUCUUAUUUAAUUGCUAUAAAUACUAAGCAAUGUCAUUUUUCAUUGUUUUGGUUAUUCAAAUUAUUGGAUUAACGAAAUGGUUCAUGUCGAUAUAAACAAAAUUCUCCAAAAUCAAAUUAGCUGGAUAUUAUUAUAGCUAUGAAGAAUAUCUAAAAUAUCAUUCAGAUGCUUAAACAUAUAAGGAGUAUGAGGACUGGAGAUAGAAAGAAUAUUAUGAAAUUUCAUAAGUGAGAUGGACAUUUUAUGUGAUUAUUGCCUUACUGAUUUUAAACACCUUAGCAAUUCUGAUUGGUAGAAUUCAUCGCAACAUCGUUAAAUAUCAGCAAUCACUCUUCUACUCCUAAGCAGUGCUCAUUGGACUAUGCCUUGUUGGUUAUGCAGGUAAAUACUGGGAUAGCUAUUGGAUCCAUAAGAAUAUCUGUGAAGUAACCAUAACCAUCAAUUCAAUAUUGUUACUUAAUAGUUUAGUGAACCUCUCACUUAUUAAAAUUGAUAAGCUACACUACUAUAACAAGCUUGCAAACAAUGUAAUAUAUCUACAGGUUCCAUUUAACUUUAUAUUGAUUUUGCUCUUCAAGAAAUUCGAUAGUGUGAUACUAAUUUUUGAAUCAAUAGCUGCCUAUGGAUUGUUUUACUUUAAUGAACUCAAUCGUUCCUUAUUGUUGAAUCCAGAAGAGCUACCCCCUCAGAAGGAUAUUACAACCAUGUUCAAUGAAGCAGUUCAAACCGAUAAUUAGUCAUAAGAAAUUAUGAAAAACAACCCGGAUUUUAUAUCUAUUCCUAGAAGGAAAUUAGUAUUGGUAGCUGCAAUUUUAAGUUUAAUUGCAUUAAUAAUCAUUUAAAUCAUGAGUAGGGAGUCAUACUUAUGUCUUCCAUUGAUACUUUUAGCUGGUCUAAUUUUGAAUUUAUUAUUUGAGACAAGGGUUGCUUCAAGAUCCUUGCAACAUGAUGAUAAUUUCAUUGCAGCUAGCAUGGUUUACUUAGAUUUGCUAUGUCCAAUCUAAAACUUGGUUAGAUGCUUCGGAAUAGUCCUAUGA